AUGACGGCCACAUUGCCACUACUUUGCCACAUCGGCACCAACGACAUGUCCACCUCCACCGACGCCAAGCCCGCGCGCACCGCAACGCCCGACCUCGAGGACACGGGCGACGCCAAGACCAACAUUGCUGCCCUGUCUGCCGCGCUUGAGGCCGCCGCGCUCGAAGACAACAAGGAGGAAGAAGAGGACACGACUGAGCUCGUCGACCCCGACGCGCCCGAGGCGCAGGGCGACGUGCAGUCGCUCGCCGACAUGCUGCGCCUGCAGCUCGCCGACCUGAAGGACGAGACGCUCAGCACCAAGGUGUCCGAGUGGACCAAGGUGCUGCUUACGUCCACGACGCAGUGGGCGCGCGCGGCCGAGGAGACGGGUGCCGCCGAGGCGGUCGAGUGGGACAAGUUCCUCGUCGAGCACACGCGCGACCUCGAGCACGAGCAGGAGUUUAUCGCCAAGGCCGCCGAGCUGCUCGCCGCCACAAAGCCCAAGCUGCACUUGGCUCCUGCGGCGCCCGAGGUCGCAGUCGAGGCCGCGACGCUGAUCGACGCAUCCGCCACGCCGAUCGAGACAAAGGUCGACCGCAUCGAGGCGACGCUGGCCGAGCGCAAGAAGAAGCUCCAGAAGGACCAGGUCCACGCCCACCGCAUGCGCUCGAGCCUGAGCAUGCAGCUGAGCGAGCUCGAGGAGGUCAAGGGCCUCCGGACCGCCGUCGAGGCCGAGAUGGAUCGCCUCGAGAUUGCAAAGAAGGCCGCACCGCCGCCCGUGUCCGUCGUCACCCUGUCGGCGUAGAGCAACCCCAGUCCAAGUAUAAUAGCUGCCUGUGUAUAGUGUGUAAUGUAUCCAAUUCACGAGUA